UGAUUUUUUUGUUUAUCCUCGUUAGUAACAAGCGCCAUGUAAUUUGCAUGACAAUGCGCUUGACCAAUGCGAGACCUACAUUUUCAACUCUGUGUGUUCCUCCUAAUGGGAUUCCUCAUGCCUCUUUAGACUAUCAAAACUGAUACGAGAUUUGCAUUCAGGAUUCAUAUUUCGUUCCAUUACCCAGUAUGAGAGCUUUGGAGAGAAGAUGGAAUUAGACACCCCUUGUCUCGGACUUCUUGGAUUUGGACAACAGGCUAGGUGGUUUCUGAAGAAAGCCGAAAGGCUUUUCUGACUAACCCUAACAUAGCAAUAACAUUUCAGGACUAAAGGAAAUCGGUGACUCUUUGAUCUCUUGGUCAAGGUCAUAGGAUGAUCAGACCGGGUUUGGUCCAGGAUCGGAUUUUAGACCUGUCGACAAUGAACAACCCCUUGCCUCCACUGAACACUCUGCCCCAAUGGUCUCGUGUCAAUGUGUUAGACAAGGCUCGCUAUCCAAAACCAUUUGUCAAAGAUAACAAACUGAACAUGGACCUGGGUGAGUCCCUAAAAGAUGGAGCAAACGACGAUGAACGUUUGUCUGUCAUAGAGAUGAACCCGGCUCAAAGGAUUCAGUACCUGGAGCGCAGCCUGUUGUUUUUACGACAGCAGCAUUCUGAUGUGCUCCACUCACUUCAUGAGGAAGUUGAAAGCCUCAAGAAGGAAAAUAAAGAGCUGCAGUUCAAGAUUGUAAUGAGCCAGAAGGCAGCCAAAGCCAUGAGGGAGGAGAAACUGAAAGAAAAGAGAGAAAGAGGAGAAGCAGAGUCAACCGACCAGGGUGAUAACUCAUCAGUGUCAUCUUUCUCCAAACUAUUGGAUGCACCAGAGAGAAGCAGAGAAGAAGAUAAAAACGAGGAAAUGAAAAUCGUCUUCCUGGAGGAGGAGGUGAAGGAGUUGAAGCAUGCCCUGCGGGAGACUCGCAACAAAAACCAGUAUCUGACACAGCUCUUGGAGCAGGCAGAGGAACAGAGGAAGCGACAGCAAGGUGCUUUUGAUGCCCUCAAAUAUGAGAUGGACCAGGGAGACGAAGGGUUGACAGAGACAGCGGAGCAGAUCGCCUCCGGCUCCCCUCCUGUCCAGUCCAACGGUCAACCACUCAGUCUCCAGCAGUGUCACGCCAUCAUCAAACACCUGCAGCAGGUCAACGACCAACAGAGCCAUGAGCUUGAUAGGUUGAAGUUGGACCUGAGAGAUGUGCUAUAUUCUCACAAAUGGACUCCUGAUGCUUACCUCAUGGCUAAAGCAUAUGUCGCUGAGGACGACCGUAAGGAGGAUGAGAAGGGUGGCAGCCUGCCUCGAAUACCACUGAAAAAUCCCAGUAGAAAGUUGCCUGAGAUUGCCUAUAUCAGGGAGAAUGUAAGUUUGCCAGCCCUUCGGCAGACAGUUGGGAACAAGGCAGUGGAACGACGGAAAAGGACACAAGUCCUCCAGCGGGCUAAACUACGACCGGGCGGAAUGCCCCCUUGACCUGAUCUCAGUUACUUAUUUUAGUCCCUUCUUCUAAGUCCAUUUUCAUUGGUCUUAUAAAUUAAGUUUGUUAUCAGUUUGUUUUCCGGUACAUCACAUUUCUGUCAUCUAAACAUUUUGAAUGAGAAUUAUUUCAUCAGUAAGACUAAGUCAUCUUCACAAAGAGUGUUGUAAAAAUAAGAAUAUAGUCAAGGCACAGCAGAAUCUGGUGAAAAGCAAAAUUGGUGAGCUGAAAGGAGAAAGUCUGUUGACUGCUUGAUCAUUUACGCCAGAGCUACAGAAUUGUGUACAUUUUCUAAAAGGUUUGUCAGAUUGCAUUUCUAUUUCAAUGGAUUUUUUAAGCGACAGAACUGGUGUAUUUCUUUAAUGGAGUCCACUGUGUGUGAAUAUUUCAAAGUCAGUCUCGUGCAACUGAUGGAAGAACUGCCGUGCCACUUUACCCAAGGCUUUGACUGUUGACAGAGGUCACAAAGUCCCAGGAAGUUUAACUCUUGCCAUGUCCUGCACACAACGAGGGCAUAUUGUCAGUUGUUGAUGUAGGAGGAGGCUGUAAGCAUAAUAGGUCCCCACACCCUACCCCCCUUAUUUUCUUAUAGCAUUGGUGAUGAAGGAAAAAAGCUUUAUAAAUAUAAUCAUAAUAAAUAUUUGGAUGUGAAACUUAGGACUGGAGGAUGUGUGUACAAGUGCCACAGUGAUAAAGAGGAAGAGGCCUGUGCUAUGCUCUGGCCUGAGCAAAACUACUUAUUUUAAAAGUGGACCGUAAUGUCUUACCUGUUGACAAUUGAACUUCAAUUUCAAGCUUUUCUCGGGUGAAUUGACACAAUAAAAACAAAGAAAACCG